AUGAGAAACUCGACCAAUAUACUUAUAGCCAACAUGGCGGUGGGUGACAUUUUAAUGGCUUGCGUGUUCCCUUACGUUCUGAAAUGGUUGUAUGUCGGAUUACAGUGGUUUGAUACAAUUGUGGGAACAAUUUUGUGUAAGUUCGUUCACUCUAUUCAAGUUCUCUCCAUUGCUUGCUCGGUAAUGAGUCUCGUCUUUAUCAGCUUGGAUAGAUGUGUCGUUAUAUGGUUUCCAAUGCGACGUAUUUUCACCAACAAAGUUCUUAAAAUGUGUUUGGUAGCGACUUGGGUUUUUUCUACAGCCUUCGCCAUGCCUCUUGUCGUGGUUACGACAGUCCGCUACAAGCACGGACAGUAUCAAUGUUACGAGUACGGAUGGCCCUCAAAAAAAGCCAAACAGAAUUACGUUCUGUCGUUUUUUCUUGGUACUUACCUGAUUCCUCUGAUUAUCAUUGCCGUCGCCUACACGCUUAUAGCAAUCAAACUCUGCAAGCGGCAACUACCGGGCGUUCAAACUUUGGAAUAUCAAAAGAAAGCUCACGAAACCACGAAAAAAGCCAUCAUAAUGCUGGUGACGGUUGUGGUGGUUUUUGCUGUUUGUUGGCUUCCGUUACAAGCGCGGGAAAUUAUGCUCAUUUACUUUCCCGAGGAAACUGCCAAGCUGUUUAAUUCAGACGAAGUUGUAAUCUUUUUCACCUGGAUUGGUGUUUUAAACAGUGCGAUUAAUCCUUGCUUGUACAUAAUCUUUUCUGAGAACUUCCGACGCGAGUUUGGUCGGAUUCUCUGCUGUUGUAUGAAGCGCUAUCAGCCUGAAACGUAUUUGGGAAUACCAGCUUCGCGCGCUACACCAAUGACCACUCCUUUAAUGUCGAGAAGAAUCACCACAUCAACACCCUUGACAACACCAUUGACGAGUCGGCGUAGUCCACCGGGUCCAAAUGAACGUGAAACACUCCCUCUUCGGAAUCUAACUGUUAAACAUUGA